AUGGAUGCCAGCGGUGUGUCAGUGCUGUGGUACAGGACAUCAAAACCCCAGGGGAAGGUGAGGCGACGGGUCCAAGACCUCCGCAUCCCUUCCUUGUCCGGUUAUGACUUCAUAUCCAGCAGACCUGCGUUGGACCUGAGCCACAAUGAGAGUGCUCGACUGGCAGUGGACUCCAUGCUCAGUCAGGGCUUAGAGGGAUACCAAGAGGUGCUUAACGCAGAGGGAGAAGUGGACUUUCUGUCAGACCUGGAGAAGCUUUACAUCCAGGAAAAUGGGAGGGAUAACAGCACAGCUGAUCCUGGUGCAUCAGAUGACAGUGACUUAGAGCUGGAGAGCCUGUCUGCCGGCUCCCAGUCUGCCAGACGAUGUUCUUUACUGUCCUCAGACAGUGAUCCUACAGUGGUAGGUUCGGACCUGAGCAUUCAAAAAGAUGUGAAGUGGACUGAUGCGGAACCCAGCAUUAAGGUUUACUUCCAGACUGACGGUAGGGCAGCCAGCAUUAAAGACCUGGUCAGAGAGUUCAUCAGGAAGGCUAAAAUGGUCCUGGCCAUAGUGAUGGACAGCUUCAGUGACGUGGAGCUGCUCUGUGAUAUUCUGGAGGCAAGCAGGAAGAGGAAUGUGUCCGUUCAUCUGCUGCUGGAUCAUCUCAACUUGAACCUGUUUGUCAGCAUGUGGCAGGACCUCAAACUCGACAGCAAAAACUUCCCUACUAGGAGGGAAUUGUUCUUUUUGUUUUCCUGCUUCCUUGAGUUAAAAACUAACAAAUUCCACAUAUUGAAUAAUCGAUUGCUCUCUUGUGUGUUUGUACAGAAACUGUCAGUACGCAGUGUGGACGGGCAGACCUACUGUGCCAAGACAGGCAGGAAGCUGACUGGACAGAUUGCUGAGAAUUUUAUCAUCACUGACUGGAAAGAGGUGCUGACUGGCUCUUACAGGUUCUCCUGGCUGUCCUGGCAGGUCCAUCGUAGUUUUGCUGUUCUUGUAAAGGGCAAUACGGUUAUACCUUUCCAUCAGGAAUUCCUUAGGCUGUACUCCAGCUCCAAACCAGUCCCAGGAACCAGGAGGCAAGAUCACCCCCAGAGACACCACCAACCCUCCCUCCAGCCACACCCAACCACAGAGGCUGCAGGUUCAAAGUCACCAGCCAUGGCAGUCCACUUUAAACCUCCUCCCCAGCCUCAGUCAAAGCUGUGCUUACAGGGUACAGCAGUCAAACUACAUCUACAGCCACACACAUCCCAGCAGGCAAGGCCCCCUCCAAGACUAAACUGGACCCCCCAGAGUCGCACUGAAAGACCCAGACCUUUGGCCCGCCACAGCUCCUUUGACACCACCUACGGGACGGGACAGAGGGUGGACGGUCAGGUGGGCUGGAGGCCGUUAUUCAGAAGGAGCAAGAGCAUGAUGGACAGACGCUCAGCAGGCCUUAAUCCAAACAUUACCAAGACCUGA